GGGGCUUCGCGUCAUCGAGAGCAGGAGACGCGUCACAGAGGAAGAUGGAGGAGUACGCACGCGAGCCCUGCCCUUGGAGGAUUGUUGAUGACUGUGGGGGUGCCUUUACGAUGGGUGCCAUAGGUGGUGGAAUAUUUCAGUCUAUUAAAGGCUUUAGGAAUUCUCCAGUGGGAAUGAGUCACCGAUUACGUGGAAGUUUGACUGCAGUUAAGACCAGAGCUCCACAAUUAGGAGGAAGCUUUGCCAUAUGGGGUGGUCUGUUUUCAAUGAUAGACUGUGGUUUAGUGAAGGUCAGAGGCAAAGAAGAUCCAUGGAAUUCCAUAACCAGUGGAGCUUUAACAGGAGCCAUAUUAGCUGCAAGAAAUGGACCAAUGGCAAUGGUGGGCUCUGCUGCUAUGGGAGGAAUACUACUCGCCUUGAUUGAAGGGGCUGGAAUAAUGCUGACACGAUUUGCUUCAACGCAAUUUCCAACAGGUCCACAGUUUGUAGAUGACCCUACUCAGCUACAAACUCCAUCGUUUGGUGAAUACAGACAAUAUCAGUGACAUCCAUUUGAAUUACUUUUAGUUUUCUGGGUGCAAAACAGGCAUCCUCUGAAGAAUAUUUUCAUACAUGGUCACGUGCGACCAAGUUUAAGGCAGUUUAUAUUGCAAGGUUGGUAUGGUCAAAAAAGGCCUUUGUAGAAAAUCUAAUUGUAUGGAAUGAUUUUCUGUGGCCUUGUAAUAUAUGUAUAUAUGGUAUAUGCCAGACAUAAGAUGUUAUGUAAUUGAGAUUAUUUUUGUGCCUGAGUUUUAUAUGUUCUCUGGUGAAUAUAUUUGUAAACAAUCUCUGGGCAUUAUACACAUUGUCACUUCAAACCCAACAAAAUAUAAUGAAACAUCUAAUCUUAAGUACUGUGCUAUACACUUAACUCACAAAACACAUUUUACAUUUCAUCAUAGAAGUUAAAGUAUUCAAAGCCAAUGUUAGCAAAACUUUUGAUUUAAUUUAUUUACAGCUUUCAGCACUAGACCUAAAUAUGACAAGUGUUUUGAUUAUAGCCCAUGUCUUAUUUAGAAAUGGAGUUGUUAUUAUGAAAAAUGGUCAUUAAGUCACUUUAGUUAUGAAUUCAGGUGCCUAACUUGUGGGUAGGGAUGAGAACAUUUUCUUUUACUGUAACAAGUGAAAGGUAGGAGGCUCAGCAACAAUGUUUGCAAGAGAAACAUUAGAAUGACUUUUUCCAGUCUAAUAUUGUACACUUAAAUUUCAGCAUCUUGUAUUGAACUGUAGUCACAUCACCCACCCAAGUUUCCACUGACUUAAAUUUUGUUCAUAGUGACAGUGAAGAAUAUUAACAGAAUGGAGAUGUUAAUUUUGUUUUGCUGCUGAAUAUUGUUCUGGCAAACAGAAGACUAACUGCAUCAAUAAAAGAAGUAUGUGUCA